AUGGACCUACGGACGCACAUGAUCACAACUACUUCGUCUCUGACCUUAACACAAAAUCAUCAUGACUGCACCUCCCUACCGGCAAUAUCUCUGGGACGAUCCUUUUGCCAGUCCCAGUCCUUGGGUUCAGUUCUCGUCCCAAGCCCCGUCUGCUUCCCUCGACUCUGUCCGCUUGACGGCAAACGUCGCCCAUCGGGUUCCCCAGCUGGCUACCCCGACCCAUAUACAGGCUGCCCCACUGCCUUAUCGGGAUACGGAGGGUUUGAUUCAUUCCUUCACGCAGAACGGCGUGCAGACCAUGUGCCUCGCAGAGGUCCCCACCGCGUCCGCGCCACCACAUGCUGCUUAUGACUAUCAGGCCGCGGGCGCUCAAGAAAGUGGUCCCAACCUGAUCGCGGAUACGUCCGUUAUCUCGCGCCCCGAUGCUAUACGACCACCGAGCGACCCUCCUUCUCCGAUCACCAGGCGUCAUAGCUGCAAGUUCCUUGGCUGUGCAAGGGCAUUCAGCAGGUACGCGGAUGCUAAGCGCCACUACCAACAGGUCCACGAUAAGAAGCGCCAUUGUUGUGGCCAUUGCUCGAAGACAUUCCAGAGGGUAUACCAGCUCCGGAAACAUGGUGCGCCCUCAGCCUCAAUAUAAUCGCUCGAUUGCAGAUACACUCUUGUUGCGUCACUAUCCAGAACGCGAAUGUCAUCACAUCGAAAACCCUGUCGCGCAGCCAAUGCGGAGGACUGACGAGUAUGUCGCCCCUGUGCCGGAGACGUUAUCCUCGGGUGCAGUGCUUGCGCUAUAAUAUCAAACAGACUGACUUCAAG